AUGCCGGGAUAUACUAUUUACAAAAAACAUUUGUGUUCAAAUGGUAUUAUUAUCCGCAAAACAUAUGUGACUGUUCAAAUUUUCAGCUCACUCUUCGGCCCCAUCAAUAAUUAUCGCCUGCUUACAAAUUAUGCCAAGCCAGGUCGACAAAACAUAUCAGUAAGCGUAAGCGUGCCAUCACCGAGGGCCCCUUCCAAAACUCUUCACACAAGUGGUAGAAGUAGAGCUGGAGAUGGUGUUAGUGGCACACAAGGCGUAUCUUUUAUAUAUAGUUCCUCAACAACGAAAUUAUUAAAAAGUACCCCAUCAAAUGAAAAGGUUCCCAAAAGUACACCGUCAAGUGUUGAACCCAUAGCUCUUAGUCAGGGAGAUUAUAUCCCACGAACCACUCAUGUAAAGCGGCCAACAGCAGCGGUUUCUAAAGGGAACUCGUGCAAUACUGGUGGUUAUAGUGUGAACACAACGCAAUCUACACUCUUAGAAAAGUCUGGUGUGGAUACAACUGGAAAUGAUAUAAUUUCAAAUUCAAGUGGAGAAGGUGGAGGCCAAGAGUGCAGCAAGACUCUGUCAUCAGAUGACGCAAAUAUUAAAGAGAAACAAGACUUUUUGAAGAGCAAAGGUUGUUUUUCUGCGUCGUUUGACAAGGAAACAGGGUUCUUCAUCUUUGAAAACCCUGCAAUUACAUCUGAAAGAAUAAAACACAACCAAGUUCUGGAAGACCUUGAGACGACACUCGUCAGCAUCUCCGUUACAGCAGAAGUCAUUUCCUUUGCAUUUCUCAUGGUUAUAAGAGGUUCAAGAUCAGAGAGAAUUUUCGUACACAAGAAUCUUCUUGUUUCACUGGCUCUUGGACAAGUGGUUUAUAUAGUUGAUAUCAAGAUCCUCACAUCAAUGAAAAAGAACCAAACCAUGUGCUCCAUCUAUGCCGUCAUCCAGCACUAUCUGCACACUUCUCUUUACACCUGGAUGUUGGUUGAGGGAAUAAACCUUUAUUUGAAGAUGGUGAAGGUUUUCUCAUUUAGAAAGCCAUAUAUGAUAAACGCCUUGUUGGGAUGGGGUAUCCCAGGAGUGAUUGUUGGUUUAGUUGCAGCAAUCCAGCCGUCAACCUACGACAUGGGUACAAUCCUGUAUAAAGAAAUCAGCUGUGGAACACUCAAAUUCACGGGUACAGUGGACAGAGAAAGAUGCUGGUUCAACGGAAGUGUUUGGAAAUUUACAGGACCUGCCUUAGUCAUCCUUUUGGCAAAUCUUGUGGUCUUUGUUAUGGUUCUGCGAGUGAGUUUUGGAAAAAUUGGACACAAAAAUUAUCUUGCUACUACAAGGAAAAAACUUAAAGCUAUUUUCGCUUUGCUUCCAUUGUUGGGUGUAACGUUUUUGCUGGGUUUCUUUGUUGAUUUUCAUGUUUCUGUGGAAUAUGUCUUUGUGUUCUUCAAUUCAAUUCAGGGUAUUUUGUUCUUUAUCUGUCACUGUGCACUCGAUGAUCAGGUUCGUGAUGCAAUGAAGAAAAUGUUGCGUAAAAAGAAGCGAGGUCUUAGAUUCCAGCAGGAGCCCAAAAAAAUGGCGAUGAUGGUCCACAAAAAGAAAGCAGUCAAGGUGGUCCUCCUGUAAUUUCUCAAGGAGAAGAACAUGCUCAACGUAGAUUGUGAACAAUGAAACAAAUGAUAAAAGUAACGAUAAUAAGUUGUGGCAUUGCGCUUUAGCACGUCAUGAACGAUCUUAACCCUUUUUCAAGUCAGAUAGCUCUGCAGUCCGUUUCACUCGUCGCUGUCCAUGGUCAUCCUUCUUCCUUCCUCGAAUUCUCUAAAAAAUUAGAAGAAUUCUCUUUCCCUAGUUGUAUUUUUUACUUCAGUACUUGGUGUUGAUUUUGUUGAUGUAAAGGGUUUUUUCCGGUGCUAAAAGAGAAAGCGUAAUAUUGUAGCUGUUACAAGAAUUGUGUUUCGAUUACAUUUAUG